AUGCGCAGAUGGAAUUCAGGCCGUUGUAUUUGUUAUAGGUGUGUAAAUAUCAGCAUCCUUCACAGUGUUUUUCAAAUGACUGAACAGAAGCUUUCCCGCUUAGAGACUACACGUUUUACCAAUGAACAGAGAGAAACUAUCAAUCAAAUUAUCAACUUCCUUGGCGAAGACUCAUUAAAUAAUAUGAUCGCGGUAUUUUCAAAAUGCAGAAAGGCUCCGACAAUUAACCCUGACCAGCUCCUCAAUUCAUUUUCUCAGGAGGAAAAAGACUUCCUCGACCGUAUCGGGAACAGAUUUACUAUCUCACCUAAUCUCGAGAUUUUUGACGAACCUAACGACCUAAUUGUCGCGCGUCAUAUGACGAACCUUAAAAACUACAUUGUCAGUUUUUCAGACUGUUAUACAGCAGCUAUCUUUAAAAAAGUUGGAGAAAAUGAAUAUCAAAGAAACGUGCAAAUGCUGGGUUAA